CCACGUGCCGGAGGCGGAAGUGAGCCGCCGGGGCGGUGCGUGCUCAGCGAUGGCAUUCCAGUAGCGACGGCGGCAGCAGCAGCAGCGGCGGCGGCGGUUUCUCCCUUUCGCCCCGUCUUCUGUCGAUCGGGACCGGUUGGCGCGGGCAUGGCCAGGGGCCAGGCGGCUGCGGCCACGGCUGUGAGCGGCGGGAGGCGGGCGCUGCUGCUGCUGCUGCGGCCGCGCGGCGCGGACGGCGCCCUCCCGCCCGUCGCUGCCGCCUCACGUGGCCGCCGCGCGCCGCCUUCCCCCGCGCGCCGCUGCCUCGGCGACUGGCAGCGCCCGGCCACGACGUCCGUUAACGGCAGCGCGGGGUGGGGAAGGCGCGUCGGCGGGACCGGCAGGGAGAGCCGCUGCGGGGAGCGGGAUUUAAGCAUCUCUGCGUCAUCAUCUUUGCAAAGCAAAGGGAAUAUUUCCUUACUGGGAAAUAGGAAGCUUUUUUUUGACACUCAUGCACUGGUAUGCCUCUUGGAAGAAAAUGGGUUCACUACUCAGCAGUCGGAGGUCAUUGUAUCUGCAUUAGUGAAAAUUAUGAACACCAACCUGGAUAUGAUUUACAAGGACAUGGUCACCAAAGUACAGCAGGAAGUUGCACUUCAGCAAGUAAUGUCCCAUAUUGGUGGCGUGAAAAAAGACAUGAUUAUUUUGGAAAAAAGUGAAUUUUCAGCACUUCGUUCAGAAAACGAGAAAAUAAAGCUUGAACUCCAGCAGAUUAAGAAGCAAGUCAUGGAUGAAAUUACCAAAGUUCGUGCAGAUAACAAGUUAAACCUAAACCUAGAGAAGAGCAGAGUAAAAGAAUUGUACUCACUGAAUGAAAGAAAACUACUUGAAAUGAGGACAGAAAUAGUGGAAUUGCAUGCGCAACAAGAUCGAGCUCUGACCCAAGCAGACAGAAAAAUAGACACAGAAGUUGCAGACCUGAAAACAAUGCUCGAAUCUCACAAACUUGAUAAUAUUAAGUACUUAGCAGGUUCAGUAUUUACAUGCCUUACUGUAGCACUGGGAUUUUAUCGUUUAUGGAUAUAAUAGAACAUCAGUUUAAAGGGACUUCUACUCUUAUGGUUUCUGAAAGAAAGGAGUUUUAUCUUUGCCUGGACUUCAACCAAGUCUUGACUGUUUUAUUUAUUUUUUUUUGUAAAGCAGACUGUAUUAAGAAUGUAACCAAAGAUGUGCCUAGAAACAAACUGUACACAUACCGUGCAUAUUUUGAAACUUACCUCUGAUGAAAGCAUGGUAUACGCAUUUCUGCCAUUUCCCUCCCUUCUGAGCUGCAGUACACCUUGCUGCUACAAGUGUCAGAAGCGAAGACUGGCAUUCAUACCAACGGUAUGGGGCUGCGUGCUAUAGAGAAGGAUCGACGGAAAUAUGUUCCGUUGCCUGUUCAGACGUGCUUGCCGGAGUCAGUUGCCUGUAUCGGACUGAAGUCUUGAUUAUUAAUGUAAAACUGAAACUACGUGUUUUGUGGCUUGGAGGCACUCUUGUAUAAGUAGAAUUUGUGUUAACUGAAUCAUGCUUACUUCCCUCCUUCUAACAUUUGUUCAUACAGUUACUAUGAUCAAAUACUUGUUUUGCUAUUUUUAUAACAUUAUAGUUAUCAGCUUGUUUUCCAGAUGGCUGUCUGAUCGGUCAUGCUUCAUGAAAGAGUACUGUGUAAUGACAGCAGUGUUUGCUGCUAGUUUGUUUGUAAUAUAUUUGCAGAGGUUUUUGUGACUAACUUGUCUUUGGUACAUAUAAGUAUCUGAUGCUCAUUCCAUAUGCCAAUUGUUAACUUUACCACUGUAACUGGAAGUUAGAAAUGCAGUAAAAUACACUAGGUGUGUUAAUUUACAAUUAAGCGAUACGAAGUAUCUCUGGUGCUGCCUUCUUGAUGCAAGGGAACUGAUGCUUCUAGGAAAGAAAGAGAUUUUAAACAGUGAUUAUAAAGCAGGGUCUUAGGCGAGGGAACUGCAAUACUGACAGUCUUUGGAUUUUUUUGUUGUUUUACUUAAAAAACAAACAAAAAACCCCAACAAAAAACAGAACCAAAAAACUUCCUGUUGGUUCUUCAAAUGUGGAACUUUGCUAGUGAUUAUAAUAAUGAAAGCAGUAAUGGAGACCUGCAAGGAUGCUUAAUUCAGCUCUGAGCAAGCCCAUGUGAACUAGUAAGUGCAACUGAAAGCAAGGAAGGCAGGCAUCCAGUGUAUCCAGGUAUCUAUCAUUCUUCCACUGAUAAAAUAACUGCUUUAGUACCAGAGCUGCCAUCUGUGUCCCUUCAGUUAAUGGAAAUUUCCCUUUCUUGCUUGUUCUUAGGAGCAGAGAACAAUCUAUGCACUGGUAAUAAAUGCUGUUAGAGCACAAUCAUGGCUUUGCUUAAUGAAAGCAAAGCUGUUUGGCUACUUUGUGCCUGUACUGUAAUAACCAUUUAACUUUUUUGGUGGUUCAGUGUGCCAACUUUGAUUAUGUGCAAGUGUGGAGGAAGGGAUGGAUGCUGUAACAAUACCAUACUGGCCUGAAAUAAAGAAUUUUGAAUAUUUCAUAGAAUAUGCUGAGUUUUUAUUAUAAAUGCAACCUUUUAAUUUGAAUUUAAUCUCUGUUUAAAGGUAAGUCACUGCUAAUAGGACUUCUUAUAAGCUAAGAAUUAGUGAAGUCAACAGCCCCUCUAACACACUGAGGAGGAAAGAACAGUCAAUGUGAGGAAAACUAUUAUUGCAGACUAACUUAACAGCCCCUCUAAAUUUGAAUGAAUCUAUAUUCAAGAUCUUCACUUCUUUGUUUAAAAAAAUACUUUUUGUACUAACUACUAGGACUUGACACUUUCUCAAAUUAGACAAGCAAUAAUGUAAGUUUGGAAUGACUUUAGCAUUGAUUCUUAUCUUCCCAGGACAGGUGAUUCUAUGUGUCUAUGUAAUCAGUAUAUCUUUACCUAUAUGCCUGAGCAUCUGGUAAAUAGUCGUUAAAAUAACUAUUUAGAACUGAUUUUAAAUAUAGGGUCUAUCCUGCUAAAAAUAGAUACUAUGCAAAUAAAUUUCUUUUCAGGGCAGAUGGAAGGAGGAAGUGAGAGAUUACAGAGCAGCAUUGUCCUGGAAUUAGCAAAGUGUCAGGCAAACCAGUGCUUCUUGUAAAAAUCCAUAAGGGAGCUGUCUCCUUUUCGCUGGUCCUUGUCAGAUGAACAAUCCCAGGAAGAGUCUUUAGUCUGGGCACUCUCUACCUCACUAUACCUUGACGGAUCUUCUGUCCUGCUCCCAGCAGUCCGAAGGUGAAGAAGGGAGGGUCUGUGCUCGCUGCAGCAGUGCAGACAGCUUUGAAUGAAUCACAGAAUUCGAAGAAUUAGUGACAAACCUCAUCAUGCAGGCAACCCACAGCACAGGAGCUGCCAGAACAAUGAGGUGACUAAGGAGGCUGAUGUGAUCCCUGGAUGUAGAAUACCUUCCGUAGGAGUAAAGAGCAUUAGGCCCAGACAGCGUUUGAAAACCACAGCUCACUUGGCGAUGAGCAUUGUGCAGCAGCGGAAGCGCAUGGAAAAAUUCUGGCUGACUCAUCCAUAAUUCAUCUGGCAUCCCAGGGAACACGCGCACUGGAGUGGGAUCCCUGGCGCUCCUGUGAGGGGAGAGGGCAGCAACUGGCCCUCUUCUACCCAGGUAACCUCACAGCCCCCAGGCUCACUGUGGGGCCAUCCCAGUGCCUCUGGCUGUAGUACAGGGCAGGGGAGCACAGCCCUGGGAUAUUUAAUGACUUGGGCUUCAUGACAGUGCUGCUGUGCGGAAGGGUCAGUGAGGGAGGUGGCCUCAUACCCUGGGACAACACGUGCAAUGAUUUGAGGAAUCCAUCCCAGCCUGGUCAAUAUUCAUAUCUUCGUACCUGCGUGAGUGUGAUGUAAGCUCUGCUUUGAGUGACUCUGCUUUUGGCGUACAACUUCCUGCUGGGCUGUGUUUCCAAGGGCUCCUGGCGAAGGGCUGGCCAGGUGUUAUUAAACCUUAAUGAUCUGUUCACACAGAACCCAAAAGGUAGGCAGCUGCAACCCAGGGCAAAGUAGUUUUUAAGCCUGACCUUCAGCUUGGAGGUAGCUAAGCAACAUAUUCCAUCUUGAGGGAUUUCAGUCACCUGAUGAGGUUAUUUUAAAGGUAUGACUGGCCUGAAGAGACAAGUAGAAAGUCUUGCAGGCUGUUUGAAAGAAAACCAGAAGAAACAGGAUGAGUAUCAGAACAUGUCUGUGAUUUCAGUUGUGUGCAGUAGCCUAAACUCAGAGGAGUUUGCAAGAGAAUCUUAUGGAAAAGAAUGGUGACAAGUAGUGAGGAAAAAAUUACACAGACAAAUGAAAGUAGAUGUUAAUUACUUUAUCUCCGUCCACGCGUUUCUUCUACUGCCCAGGGCUGAAGGAGCUGACUCCUUUGGGACAGUCUGCUUCCACUGAUUUUCUGCAGGGAUGAAUGAAGUUCAGAGUACUCAAAACACCAGAGCUGCAAAAUAAGCUUGCGGGAAAUCUGUCUAUCAGCCAUUAGUCCUGGGACCGUGUGGUCAGCCAUGCAGCCUAGGCAGAGCGAAGAGCUGAAGAGCAUGUAUUCACGGUAGUGCCCAAACACAGGGGCUGAGGGAUGUCCAGUUGGAUAGCGGAUGCCUCAAGACACCUGUAGAUCAAGAGGGCUGUACAACAUAAUGCUUGCCGCAGUGGUUAACUUCCGCCUGAAUGCUCUGUUGGUGAGAGCAUGGAAUCACUUGACAAAACAAGAUUCAGAACUCAUUAGCUAGCACAUACAGGUCAAAAUCAUCAGUUACGUUCAGGGUCUACAAAUGUGUAUCUAUUCUACCUCCAGAAGCUGUGUUUCAGGAAAUUAUCUUUUCAGGGCUGUAGUCAUGGUCGUUACCUUCAAUCACUUGAAAAAAACAAAACCCAAAAAAACCAGACAGACAUGACCUAGAGACAUAAUCUAGAAAAUAACAUCAUCUAGAAAAUAUAGCAUAUUUUAAUAAUAAAAAUUUUGCCUUGCCAAAGCAAAGUUUCUUUACUACAUGUUGUUUAAUCUCACGUAUACUUCUAUGGUUAUUUUCUUGGCUUAAAUCUAAUUACUUCCCAGUAUUUCAGUUUGUUAUAUCUAUUUUCAUCUCAUGUUCUGCCACUGUUCCCAAGAGUACACUCCAUUGCACAAUUCUCUGUAUUAUUUAUUUUGAGGCAGCUUCUGGGAUAAAGAAUUAGUCCUGGGAUUUAUCCACAGUUUUGACACUGGCCAGCUGGGUGACUUCUGGCCAAGUCACUGCACCUCUUCACCCCUGUUUUCCCAGCAGAAAGAGUGCAGUAACAACCCUUACUUUUUGAAAGCACAUGGAGAUCUGCAGAUGAAGUGCUAUAUAGUUCAUAGUCCCUGUUUACAGCAACAAUUUCACUGAUGUAGUAAACUUACAUAUUGAAUUUUCCUCUUUUUUCUUUUACAGAUGAAAAUCCAAAGACUGGCACCUGUUAAAGUGCUUAUUAACCUCCAACACAACUGGUGAAGACAGACAAUCACUGUUUCUUUCCCUCAGCCUGUUUAAAAGAGGCACAACAGUAACAGAGACAAGCUUUUAAACUAGAUGUUUGUGACCUAUUUGGAACAUGUACAAUCAGUGCAGACUUUGCUCAUUGGUUCUGAUUUUUGUUUUCUUAAGGUGGCCUUUGAGGGAAUAAAUGCAACAUUUCUUAUGCCUGUGACUAUGUGCACCCUUGGUCCAGCCAGGCAGGGGUGCUGCUUGAACUGCAGCAGCCCCAGGACUUGGUAGGGAAGAACUGCCUGAAUUUGGGAGGAAAGCCUCGCUGUGACACUUGCUUUUCGGUCCUGCCUGCGAGUUCACUGAACUCCACAGAGAAGAUCUGUCAAGUUAGGAAAGUUUCCUGUAGUCUCUGCCUCUUCAAAAAAUACCCAACAGCCAGAUUAAAUCCAUCUUGCAGUGACUUUCAUGUCAUCAGAUAGAGGAGUGUCUAAAGAGGUGCAAGUGCAACGGCCAAGUAAUUGCGCUAGAGAUGCAUGAGUUCGCUUUAAAAGAUGUUUCCUGUUUCACCCUUCUGCACGAUCUUCUCUUAAAAAAAGUAAAUUCAAAUUAGUACUAAGUACAUUUUCUUAAAUAGCAUCAACUAUGGGAAAGGUUCUUUCAACUGCAUAACAUAUAUAAUCAUGAUACAUUGAUUACUGUACAAGAUUACUACAGUAUCUUAUCUCUGAAAUUCACAAUUGGAGUUCAACUAUCUAUCAAAAAAAUCCCCCUGAAAGGGGGGAUUAGUCAGAUUACUACUGGCUUGACUUUUCUUUAUUACCUCAUGCUUAUUUCCUCAGUUACGCACUGCAUAGUUCAAACAUUGUGUGCCCCUUGGUAGCGAACAUCUCCAUUCCUAUCCAGUUGUGGGGCCCUGGCAUUGAUACCUGAUGUGCUACGCACCAAUGUGAAGCUUGACUUACUAGUGAGAAUCCAAGGGAGUUCAAAAUCCCACCAGCCCGAGUGCAAUAGGAAGGCCAGGACUAGGACUUUUGUUUGGGAGCUGCUAGUCAGAGGUUUUUUGCAUCAGUAGAGUCGAUGCUUUGUCCACCACCUGAGACUCAGUAAACAAAGGCAAAACUGUGCAGUGCCUAAUAUUUUAAUGUUUAUUUUAAGGGUAUCAUCUUGCAAUGCUAAAUUCAAGAAUUUUUAUCAUACAUCUGUUGAUUUUGUAACUAAAGCACCAUUGGUCAAAUUGUUUUCCUUACUGCUUCGUAAUUGUGGGAGGAAAACAUGUAAGUGGAUCGGAAUUGUGCACCACAACAAUGAAUGUAACUCUGGUUUUAGGCACAGGAUAUGAGAUAGAGGAAUCAAACUGGAGCCAGCUGAGGACAGCUCUUUAUACUAGGCACUCAAGUUUUCCCCAGGGAGGAUUUUAUCCAACCCUUGACACCUAGUUGGGAUAUUUCUUCCAGUAGAGCUACACCUGCAGUGUAGGCAGGGUGCAAACAUUUUACCGCAGUCAAACCAUAUGCAGCUUGGUUACACUUUGAUACGUUCUUGGCAGCACUGAAGGAGCAUGAAUUAGUGAAUUUUUUUUCGUGUUAUGUGUUUUUAAAAGGCACAGUACUGGAUGUUCAACAUCACUAAGAAGCCAAAAUAAAUAUACUGUGGUAAUGACCUUCAGGAUGUGGAAGAGAAUGUUAUAUCACUUAAUGAUAAGUAAAUAAAGAGAAUAACAGUUCAGGCCUUGUUAAUUUGACAACGUCUUUAAACUUGAUACAGUAGUAGAUACCUGGCUCCUUCCUUUCAUGCUUUUUAAGUUCUGCACGAAGCAAUGGAGGGCAGAUAUUAUACCUUUACAGUAUGUCCUUUCUUCUCAGUUAAAAAUUAAAGCAAAAGUUCAUUCUUGAACAGGGUCAGAAAUUAUACAGGGUUUUGAUAAAAUACAGGCUAAUUCUAGUUGCUUACAACCCUUCCUCCUCUUCCUACCUUCCUCUGCUUUUAGGACCCAUAUUGAAAGGAAGAAGAGUUGUCUUUCAGGCAGCAUUGAUGUCCAUCUUCAGUACCACCUCUUGAAAAGAUGUUGCUGGAUAUGUCAUCGUUAGCAUUCAUUCCUUCAGAAGCACAGAGAACCCUUGGUUGCUAGAGCCAGAAAACAUAAGCUCAGAUAACCAUCACUUGGCACUUCUUGCUGGCCAAUUUUUAACUACUGCUUUCACACGCAUUUGUUAGCAGCCAUUCUUUAACAAAGAAUGAUUAAUUCCUUGUUACAGCGAGGGCAGGGUGGGGGGUGGGGGUAGUGUCCUAAACUUUUCCUACACUGUUGCCCCAGUAAUGUUUGCUGGUUUUGUCUUUCAGUUUCGCGUCAAUCCUGCCUGAGCCAAUACCAAGCUGUAAGCACAUACCUGACCAAGGAACAUUUACAAGAUUUGUGUGGCUGCAUUUAUAUUCUCUGGGGGUAGACAUGGUUAUACUACUUCCUUUUCCUGUGUUUUUCACUGUGAUUCAAUAUUCCUUCUGUACAUAAGACUGUGCCACUUUAAUUAUGGAUCAUGCUUCCAUUUAAAUUGAUAGAGAACUUGUAUUAAAAGUUUGAAA